AUGAUGAACGUAAUUUGGAUUAUUCAUGACCAAUGGGCACAUACACUUGUGCCUGUGGGAUGUGUGCUUGGAUGUUGUUUAGACAGAAAGAAUGAUGAAAAGCUAACUGCCUUCUGGAACAAGACUUUGUCUAAAAGGAAACGGAGACCCAAGGAAGAAGUCGCCUGGGCUUAA